UUGCCACAUCAGUGUUCCGCGUUCGCUUUUCCCCGGGGGUGGGUUCCACAACAGAAAGAAAAAACUAAAUAAAGGCGGCCGACUGACUAAAAAAAUCGAAUAGAACAUAAUUGCAUUGUUCGGGCCACUGCAAUACUGCACCCGUUAACACAGGGGCUUACAAAUCAAAUUGCUCGUUCGCGGACAGACAAAAUAUAUGGCCUGAGUGCUGCGUACAUCAGUGGGCAAAUAUAAAACGAGAAUCGUUUAAUUGACCCUAAAACCAGUGAGGCGUUCAGUUUGUGUUUUACCAUUGCGCACCCAUGGCCGAAACCCCAACUAUUGCGGCUCAGACUGUCAAAGGGCUCAGUGCGUAAAUCUGUGUUAUAAUCGCGGUGCCAUAAAUUCCGCAAUUCGCCUUAAAAAAAAUUCUAUUGAUUUUCCCAAAGGGAGAGAAUAUGCGAAACAGAAAUAUUUUCCACCGCAUUACUUUGCAGUGAUAGUGGGGAAAAUCACGAAGAAACGGGCAUGCGAAAGUGGAAACUGUGCCAAGCCCAAGUCUGUGUUAGUGUGACAAUUUUUAAUGCGAUUAAAGUGCAACACUCUCCACGCAGUCGGCGAAUGGUUGAAGUGACCAGGAAAAAUCGCAGAAGCUAAAAUUGAAAUUGUGCAGAAGUUCGCAUUCGCAUAACGAUUCAAAGCCCGGUUCAAAGUUGUCGCCUCCAAUUGUUAAUAUCCCACUUACAGUUUUCUUUUUGUGCUCCAGAGUGCUUUUAAAAUGCUACCAAUUAUCCGUGCAUGUUAAAAAAAGAGACAGUGAAAUCGUUUUAUUAUCAACGUACAUUUUUUGUAUAAUUAAAAAGCAUUCAACUUUAAGGGAAGGUCAUGGGUUCGUGGCAGUCUGGCCGGAGGAAGCCAUUUCCAGUGGUUCUGCUGUGCGUGCUACUCACUCUGCUCUGCAUUUUGGACUGUCAUGGAGUAGACUUGACAUCUCCCACCAAGAAGUCCGCUCCCCUUCGAAUAACCAAACCGCAGCCCACAAGUCAACAGGCCAAGCCCACCAGUAUUACCACAAAGGCCCCAACGACGGUGGCUCAAACCACCAGCACCGAUGACGGAGUCUCCAGCUCCGUGGAUGGCCAACUGGCCCCACUCAUCUCGUCCACGACUGAGGGGAGCAGCAGUGGAACAACGUCUGGUUUGCAGGCGGAUAUCUGUCGGAAUGGCCUACAGUUAACCAUCAGUAGCGCGGAUGAGGGAACGGUGGUGCAAAAGCAGGAUGAGUUCCUCACGAUACUCGAGGGCGAUGUGAUGCUCAGUGUCCUGACCAAGGAUCCCGUCUCAGCGCUCUUCGUAAUCAAUCGAGUGAACCAGGCGAAUCUCAUAAUGGCUGACUUUGAAAUUGGAAUCCGCGCCAUCAAUGUCGACAACGUGACCUUGGCCGAAAACUUGCUCCUCCAGGAAGUUCAGUUUCUGCAGCAGUGCGCUCCGUUUUCGAUGGGUAUUUUCCUCGACUGGGAGCUGUACAGACAACUAGAGUCGGUUAUCAAGGAUCUCGAGUACAAUAUUUGGCCAAUACCGGGAACCCGAGCCCAUCUCUUUCCCAAAGUGGCGCAUUUGCUGCACCAAAUGCCGUGGGGCGAGAAAAUCGCCUCCGUGGAAAUAACUACGGAAACCCUCGAGAUGUACAACGAGUUCAUGGAAGCUGCCCGCCAGGAGCACAUGUGCUUGAUGCACUUCAAAAGCGAUGAGAACGUUUACAUCAUGUUCGGUAAUAAGCUGGCCAGCCACUUCAAGGAGAACGGCACUCUGUUUUCCGUGCCCACCGAUCGAACGGAUGAUGAGUUUUUGGCAGAUCUUCCGAACAAAGCCUUCGUCCUGAUGGAGAAUGAAAUUGAACUGAGCACAACAGUCGAACUGGACAUCACGCCAACCGUUCUCGACGAGGUUUUGAUUGGAAAAAGUGUGGUGCCCUCGCGAGUCCUGAGUUUUGCCGGUUCCAUCAUCGACCUGAUGAACUGGCUGCGCGGAUCCUUGUCCAGACAUUGCAAGCGGGAUGAGGAACAGGAUUUGUAUGUGCUGGAGAGCUGCUUCAAUUUCCUGAACUUCAUCGAGGAUUGGCGGACAUCGGAAUACCGUCAGAUUCGCAGCACGGCUGAGAUCCUCUCACUUUUGGUGAUGCGCAAAAUGGGCACCGCCAUGAACUUCCAGAUGUACCAGAAGAAGGUGCAAAUGCUGGACAAGAUUACGGGGGAUUCGCGAACCGAACUGCGUGAGAUUGCCUCGCAGAACUUCGAGACCAAUGUGACGACCUACUACCAUUACAAUCGGGACAAUCACACCACUUUGGAGCUGAAGACCAAGUUCGGCCAGGUGUUCAACUGCCAGUACAGUGCGGGUGACAAUAGGCGCUAUCCCUUCCUCUUCGACGGCGAAUCGGUGAUGUUCUGGCGCAUCAAGAUGGACACGUGGGUGGCAACUGGGCUGACGGCCGCCAUUCUCGGCCUGAUUGCCACGCUGGCCAUCCUGGUGUUCAUUGUGGUGCGCAUCUCGUUGGGCGACGUCUUCGAGGGCAAUCCGGCCACCUCGAUUCUGCUCCUGUUGUCCCUCAUCCUGGUCUUCUGCUCCUUUGUGCCCUUUUCCAUUGAAUACGUGGGCGAGCAGCGCAACUCGCAUGUGACCUUCGAGGACGCCCAAACUCUGAAUACCCUGUGUGCGGUGCGGGUUUUCAUUAUGACCCUGGUCUACUGCUUUGUCUUUUCCCUGCUCCUUUGCCGGGCCGUCAUGCUGGCUUCGAUUGGCUCCGAGGGCGGCUUCCUGUCCCACGUGAAUGGCUACAUCCAGGCGGUGAUUUGCGCCUUCAGUGUCGUCGCCCAGGUGGGCAUGUCCGUGCAACUCCUGGUGGUGAUGCACGUCGCCUCGGAGGCGGUGUCCUGCGAGAAUAUCUACUACGGGCGCUGGUUGUGGGGCCUCCUGGCCUACGACUUUGUGCUCCUCUGCUGUGUGGGCGCUCUGAUACCCUCUAUUUACCGAUCGCAGCGGAACUACCGCGAGGGAAUACUCAUUGUCAUCGGAGCGGUGCUAAUCAUGGUGAUUUGGGUCGCCUGGAUUGCGUUGUCCAUGUUCGGGGACGAGUGGCGCGAUGCAGCCAUUCCGCUGGGAUUGCAGGCCUCCGGCUGGGCGGUACUCGUGGGCAUCCUUAUACCGCGUACUUUUCUCAUUGUAAGGGGUAUCGAGCGGUCGGAUAUCGCCCAGGCUUUGCCCUCGCUCACCUCUCUGGCUUUUGCCCAGAACAAUCAGUACUCCUCGGAGCAGAGUGUCUAUGAGUGCGUGAACCCCGCCAUGCGCCACUGUUCGCAGGAGGAGGUGAACCACCAGUCGCCCAGCGAGAUUCCCACGUUACCCCUGCGAGGAGGAGGCCCCCGUCGCCAGCAGUUCUUCGCCAAUCUCCGCCAGGCCAAUGCCAACAUCAAUCCGCAACGUCCGCCUCCGCGGCCCCAACAGAGUCCUUCCCGCUCCUCGGUGUCCUCGCUGCCACCCACACCCGACCACAACAAGAUCACCCGAUUCUAACCCCUCCAGUAAUCCCGUGCGUGUGAUGAGGCACUUCUAGUCAAAGCUCCCAGAACGUGAAUUCACCUAAAACUGUCCAACAUUUUGAAUCACUGACGAACCAAGAUCUUAUGGAAGUUAAGAUAAUAAACCGAUUUAAAUAAUCAAA